CUUGUCUCCCUCGCCCCCGCCUCUCUCUCUCUCUCUCUCUCUCUGGAGAUCCAAGUACUGUUUGUUGCCAGUAGUUUGGGGCGUUAAGCAUGAGCAAUAUUUUAUGGGGUGGUGAGAGGUGGGUUUGUUGGUCUAUAUAAGUGAGGCAAACUGCAGUGGCCGUUUGCACAUCGAGAUCCGGACACUGGAGCUGAUACUUGGCCUCCUGGAAGCCUAAAAGCGAGGAGAGAAGCUCACAAUGACUUCUUCCUCCUCCUCCAGCUGCGGCUUCUUUUUGUUCUUGUUUUGCUUCCUCUUCUUCUUCUUCGACGCCGGCGAGGCGUUUGCGGUUUUCGACCCGCAUUGGCACCCGGCGACUGCCACGUGGUACGGCAGCGCCGAGGGCGACGGCAGCGACGGUGGAGCGUGCGGGUACGGGACGCUGGUGGACGUGAAGCCGCUGCGGGCGCGGGUGGGGGCGGUGAGCCCGGUGCUGUUCAAGGGCGGCGAGGGCUGCGGCGCCUGCUACAAGGUGCGGUGCCUCGACCCCGCCAUCUGCUCCCGCCGCGCCGUCACCGUCAUCGUCACCGACGAGUGUCCCGGCGGGUACUGCGCCUCCGGCCACACGCAUUUCGACCUCAGCGGUGCCGCUUUCGGCCGCAUGGCCGUCGCGGGCGAGGCCGGCCAGCUGCGCGACCGUGGCGAGAUCUCCGUCAUAUUCUGCAGGACUCCAUGCAAGUACCCGGGAAAGAAUAUCGCGUUUCAUGUAAACGAAGGUUCCACGAACUUUUGGCUCUCUCUUCUUGUGGAGUUUGAGGGUGAUGAUGGAGAUAUCGGAUCCAUGCAUAUAAAACAAGCAAAUUCCAUGAAGUGGCUAGAGAUGAAGCACGUGUGGGGAGCGAGUUGGUGCAUCAUUGGGGGGCCUCUGCAGGGGCCAUUCUCAGUGAAGCUCACCACAUUGACCACCCAAAGGACCCUCUCAGCCCGGGACGUGAUUCCAAGAAACUGGUCUCCCAAGGCCACCUACACCUCUCGCCUUAACUUCCUUUGAUCGAAGAAGAAGAAGAAGAAGAAGGUACGCCAUCAAUGAAUGGCAGAAGAAGAAUAAAACCUUGAGAACAAGCCUGGUACAUGUUCCCGCAGGAAAUGCAAAGGCGAUCCGGCGGGCUAUGCAAGUGUGUUUGAAGUAAGCUGUGUGGGUGUGUAAAUGUUGUGGAGCCAUGGGGGCUCAGCAAUGUGCGUCCCUUUGUAGCCCUCUCCGAAGGGGAGAGAGAGCGAGCGUCGUCCUGUUUCAGUGGCUUGUCCACCUUGGAACUCUCUUUUUACGGAUUCUUUCA